AUGACACCCAAGAAGAAGACGAGUAGUAAAUUGACAAAAUUAAAAAUUUUGUAUCGUCGACGAACGAAUAUUUUGGGCUCCGCCAACCUAAUUAAAUCGUUUAACGACACGUUCGACCCUGCUAAUAGUGGUCAAGUGCCCAUUCGCAUUCAACGUCUUGAUGCGCUAUGGCGUGAAUUCGAGGAAACUCAAGAAGAAAUUGAGAUCUUGGAGGAAGCAGAACAGGAUUUUCUCCAAGAAAGAGAAGAGUUCCAAACCCUUUAUUACGAGCUCAAAGCGUCGUUACAGGGUAAACUUCCUGUACAACCACCCGUACCUCCGCCACUUCCUUCUGCCCAACCAUUGAAUUCCUCCGUUCCUAUUUCGUCAAGCGUUCGUUUGCCCGAAAUUAAAUUAAAAGAGUUCACGGGUAAUCUCGAAGAUUGGAUUCCGUUUCGCGAUCUGUUCGUCUCGCUUAUACACUCGAGCGUGCAGCUAACUGCGGUGCAGAAAAUGCAUUAUUUACGAGCUGUACUCCAUGGCGAUGCAGCUCGUAUAAUUUCUUCGCUAGAGAUUUCUGCCAAUAACUAUCUCAUUGCGUGGAAUUUGUUGAAGGAACGAUACGAAAACCCGAAAUUGUUGGUAAAACGGCACCUGUCUGCCAUACUCACAAUUCCUGCGUUAAAAAAGGAGUCUGCACAGGGCCUUGCAGAACUUGCCGACGAGUUCGAUCGCCAUGUGCAACUGUUGGAUAAGCUCGACGGCGCUGAGAACCACUGGAAUUCAUUCCUGGUCGAACGGUUGAGCCAAUGCCUUGAUCACAUUACACUUCAAGAUCGCGAAUCGCACAAACUCUUAAGCUCUCCCAAUCGGCAAACGUCCAAUCCGAGAAUAAACACCCCAAAUCACGGGCAAUCACUUCUCACAUCGCCUCUGGACAAUGGGCCCAGGUGUAUCAGCUGUAAGCAAGCACACUUCCUGUUCCAGUGUGAACAAUUUCGAACGCUCUCUCCCCAACAACGGUUUGAAGUCGUGAAGAAGCAUGGACUGUGCAUCAAUUGUUUGAAAGGAACACACCAAGCGAAGAACUGUUCCAGCGGGUCCUGUAAAAGCUGUGCGAAGAAACAUCAUUCGUUAUUACAUCUGCCUCCCCUCUCAUCGGCCACUGGUUCACAACCAGUAACAACAACAAAGCCACCGGUGCUGAACAAACCCGUUGAAGCAAAUAGUUCGCAAUCGUGUCAAAUGUCGCACUUCAUUCCGAAUCGUGUCGAAGGCUCGCCGUCGGAAGAGCCCGCGGUAGCCUUACCACCUGUCACACCAUCGGUUCUCUCGCAGUCGUCGCGCGGUAGUUCUCUCCCAAAUCAUUCAGUGUCGUCGGUUGAUUUCGUUGUAAACCCUCCAUCCACUGCCUGUCAAAGUGCAGAAGUGAUCACCCAAGCUCGGCAGUCAACAGUUAUUCUGUCAACCGCAGUGAUUAAAGUGAAAGACGUUGAUAACAAAUACAUUCUCGCCAGAGCUCUGUUAGACAGCGGCUCACAGCCAAGCUUUAUCUCUGAAGCUUUGUGCCAAAAGCUAAGACUGAAGCGGACAAGGUUAAACUCACCAGUUAGUGGAAUCGGACAAUCCGUAGUCAACGUUCGCUACUCUGUAUCGUUAGCCAUUUCUUCUCGUUUCGAAACAUUCACUGCUCAAUUGGACUGCCUGGUACUACCGAAGCUUACCGUUUCACUGCCUAGUCACCACAUAGACGUCUCUCGCUGGAGAAUCCCCCGGAAUCUCCCUCUCGCUGAUCCACAGUUCAACAUCAGUCAAAGUGUGGACAUUAUCAUCGGAGCAUCACUGUUCUUUGAACUGCUCGAGCACGACAAAAUCUCGCUCGCUGCUGGAUACCCAACGCUGCAGAAAACAGUGCUGGGAUACAUCGUCUGUGGGACACUAGAGCAGCAAACGCCUGAAACCAGUGGACAUCAAACCUGUCACAUUUGUGUUGACGAAACACUCGAUUCCCAACUCCAGCGGUUCUGGGAAAUUGAAAACUUUGACGAAGGUAAAGCACUCACUCCAAAUGAACAACAUUGCGAAGAGCAUUUCCAAGCCACCGUCGCCCGUGAUGAUACGGGCCGCUAUAUUGUCCGUCUGCCGCUCAAGGAAGAAAAGCUAUCAAUGCUUGGAGAUUCGCAUACUGCUGCCCUGCGGAGAUUCCAACAAAUGGAAAAAAGGUUUGCUAGCGAUCAAGAUCUUCGUCAUAGCUACAUGCAGUUCAUGAGUGAAUACGAGAGCUUGGGUCACAUGGAAGAGGUAUCCGUCGCGUCGCGUAGCCCACAGUUUUUUCUUCCCCACCAUGCCAUCCAGCGCCCAGAGAGUACGACUACCAAAACACGUGUGGUGUUCGACGGAUCCUGCCGAGGGCCUGCCUCGAUAUCGUUGAACGAUGCACUGUAUAUCGGACCCACAGUGCAACCAGCCCUCUUUUCUACCGUCGUAAACUUCCGUCUACCACGUUUCGCCAUCACCGCUGAUGCGGAGAAAAUGUUCCGGCAAAUAUGGAUCCACCCAGAUGACCGGAAAUACCAGCAGAUCCUCUGGCGGGACAAUCCAUCCGAUAAUAUUCGAUCGUAUCAACUGAAAACCGUUACGUACGGUUUGGCAAGCUCACCGUUCCACGCUGCUCGCGUGCUGAAUCAACUAGCCAUCGACGAAGGUCAUCGUUUCCCACUAGCUGUUCCAGUCAUUCUGAAAGGCACCUACGUGGACGACGUCAUCUCAGGACACGACAAUCACGACACUAUGGUCGAAACAUGUGAGCAGCUGAUGGAGAUCAUGAAGUCUGCAGGGUUUGUUCUACGAAAGUGGGCCGCAAAUUAUAAAACGGUUCUCAGUAAAGUUCCCCAAGAGUUGUGGGAAACAUCUUCAGAAUUAGAGCUCGAUCGUUCGCAAGCAAUCAAAACACUGGGUCUGCUGUGGUUCCCCAACCGGAUGUGUUCAAGUUCAAGGUCCCAGCACUUCCUGAACUAA